AUGGAAAACUGUCAAGUAAGUUCCUUAGAAAUUGUUUUACAGCCUACCCACAUAAUAAAAGGAAUUUCGAGCCAAAUACCAGAAGAGACGUCAGAAGAUUCAGAAAAGGAAGACUAUUCAGACAGAACAAUCAGUGAUGAAGAUGAAUCAGAUGAGGAUACCUUCAUGAACUUUGUAAGUGAAGAUAUCCACCAGUGUGCACUUUUAACAGGUUUGAAGUUACCCAUAUAAUUCUCCUAUUCUCUUUAUGAUAAGACCUUAAGUAGAUCAAAAAAAAUAAAAUGAAACUAGAAAAUAAAAAAGGUCACAUUGAAUAAUAUAAGGUUUUAUUAUUCUGUUAUUGGAAACAGAGAGAGAAAUGUAUUUAAGAAUCUUUUGGAGGUCAAACUUUUAAGUUUUAAGGUAAACCGAUUUUUAAUGAAGCUAAGUGAAAAUGACUAUUACUUUAUAAAAGACUUCACUUACCAUAAGAAUUUACCUUGGCAUUUCUUUAAAUAACUAGCUCUUAAUGCAUUUACAGAAUGACUCAACUUAGAGUGUACACAAUGUUUUUGAAGUACGUAUUUAUUAAAUGAAAGUAUGCCUGUAUAAAGAAUUUCCUUAAUAAGGUCAUUUAUUUGCAGACGUAUCUGUAUGUGGGCAUCUUGAUGUAUACUUGAUUUUUUUUUAAAUGUAUACAUUUAGAGUUCUAUUUCCAAAUACACCCUAAACUAUUUUUUCUAAAUAUUCACAUAUCUAUCACAAUGUGAAACUGAAGAUAAGUCCUUUAUUUAUUUUUUUUUUUGCCUUUUUCACCACCAUCCUAAAACAAAUCUUUUGAGAUAACCACUAUUCUCAGUUUGGUGUGUAUCAUUCUAGGCCUUUUUCUUUGCAUUAAUAAACAUCUAUUCUCAUACUCAGGAAAAUUCAUAGUACUAGUUUGUGGACUUCUUCCUAUCACUUUUUUCUUUUUAAAAUUCUGCAAAUCUGCUUAAACAAAGGAGAUAUAUCACUGUUUUAACUAGCAUUUCCUUGAUUGCUAAAGAAAUUGACAAUUAUUUCAUUUUUUCAUAAAAGGAAAAAUGUUGUUAUGAAUCAGAUACAGAUGUAAAACUCUUUGCAAACUGGUUAGGAUCAUUCAAAUAUUUACAAUAAUAAGUACUACUAUAGAAAGUCUUACAGCCUUAUCCAGCCUUGUUACUAGGGCCCCUCGUGUAAGCAUAAGAACCCUCUUUUAAGGCUGGGGACCUCAAGGGUACCUCCACUUCCUCAGAGGAGCUGACACGUUUUAAGAGCCCUUAGCAUGGCCCAAAUUAUCUCAGUUUAGUCUCAACUUUCCCUUUUAUGUUACCUGUAUCUGAUGAAACACCUGGAUAAUGAAGUACAGACCCCCCCCAAAAAGAAGCAAAACUGGUUUAAUAACCCCCCACAAGUGUGGACUCCAGGCCUGCCUGAAGUUAUUUGGGAAAUGUUUAAGUGAUAAAAGAGUAACCUAUGACUUCCUUACUCUCCUGGGGAUGACAAAUAUUAAAAAAGAGAGCUGACUAAAUGCAGUGUUGUAUCCUGGACUGGAUUCUACAACAGAAAAAGACAUUAGUGAGAAAAUUUGUAAAAAUCCAAAUAAGACUGGGAGUUUAGUUAAUAGUAAUGUACCAACAUUGUUUCUUAGUUUUUUACAAUGUACCCUGGUUAAGUAAUGUAUUAAAAUUAAGGAAAACUGAGUGAGGGGUAUAUGGAAACUCUUUCUACUAUUUUUUCAAAUUUUAUGAAAUCUAAAAUUAUUCCAAAAUAAAAACUUAAAAAAAAAAAAGGGAGCUGAUAGCAUGUCUACUAGAGUAUCUAUAAUGUCUCCUUAAUGCUCUGACAUGAAGCAUCCUGGCCCAAUGCAAAAUAAAUUACAGUUAAGGCCUCUUGGCUUGUCUCUAUGGAAAAUAGUUUUAAAAAUGUCUCAUUUCUCAGAUUGCCUUGCAAGAAGGUUAAGGCAGAAAUCUAUUUAGGAAAGAAUAGACAUUUCCAAGAAAGAAAAGAAUUCUUGCAAGAAAGCAAGCUAAUGCAGUUAAUCAUAGGCAGGUAAGUGGACUAAGAAGUCAGCCACGUGUGUGGGGAAAGGCGAGCAGCUGGAACUAUAGCCAAGACUGAAUACAGUUAAAGAUUUUGAGAAAAAGAGAAAGUAGAUUUUACUAUAGGAUACUUAGUAUAUGACUCUAGAAUAUUUUAACCUACAGCUAAGAAGAAAAUUCAAAUUAUUUCUCAAGUGAUUUAAAUUAAUAUAAGAUGAAAGGCCCUUACACCCUAUUUCACUUUCAGAAGUAAUAAUUUCUUUGGGAAUUAGUUACUUAGAAGUAGUUUUUUUGACUCACUUAUAAGAAACCAAAAAUUCAUUAAAACAGGAAAUGUUGGUUUAAAAAUGUAAAACAUAUUUCACAUUUGAGGGCCUAAUUUGAUAUUCUUGCUUUACAAUAGAGUUACUUUUCUACAACUUUAUA